AUGCUACAGAAUCGAGCAAUAGCUGAGUAUGUCACCCUGGGAGGUACACACACAAUGAGUGGCCAGGUGACUUUUCUUAGGGUCAUCAAUGCUUCGCAGGUGACUUCAAGUGGAACACUUGAUACAAUCUUUGUCAGCCCCAGCACACUGCUGCUUAUAAACACCUCACAGACGCAUACUGGGUUGAUCAGGUGUACUACCCUGGAGGCUGUAGCUCUCAACGUCCACACCAUUAAUAACAUAAACACUGAGCAGCUGUUUGAGAACCUCGUCACCAGUGACAACUCUGCCAUCAUCACUGGUGAGCUGGUGAUUCGCGCUGACCUGCGAGCCAGCAAUCUGAAGGCCAGCGUCACUAACCUGGACCUCCACAACCCACUGAAGAUAGACGAGACAGAAGUUCAAGUUGUUACAGGGCAUCAUCAGAUGGGCGGCUUGUGGUGUCAGUCAACAAGGGUGGCCGGGAAGAUCAAUGGGGUAAGUGUACCUACAGAAGUGUUCCUGAGUCGGUCCGACUAUUCCUACAGCGUCUCUUCAGCAGCCUUCACCAAACUCCACUCCGACGCCAUACACAUCAACACUGCUUUCCACACCAUUACUGUGAGUAAUGGCUACCUGGAUGUGCUGAGAGUAACAGGAAGCCAGACAGUGACUGCCAAAAAAACGUUCACUUACAUGCGUUUACUUCAAAGGCACACAUUAGAGUUAACGUACAGCGGGCGCAGAAAAUGUGAUGUUAAUAUGACACAGAUUUGCGGGUUCCUGGAUGACCACGAACUGAUAGAGGGAGAACACAGUCGAGAGGCGCUGCUGUGGAGCCUCAGGCGUGUGGCCGCUGCCCGAGAUGUGCUGACAUUCUUGGCUAAUAUACCACCAGGCAAGGUUACUCCUCUUCAACACAGCCUCUCCUUCUAUACUAAACUAAGUGAAAAUGUUCCUUGUGCCUUCUCUAGAGUAGAUACAGACGAAGGCUUAAUAACUUUUGAUGUCAGCAAUUUAGCCUGGAGAAAGGAAGAAGAGGCAGGUAUAGAACUUCUAGAGAACAAUAUUAAAGCUAUCAUGAGCAACAUUGAAAAAUAUAAGGAAGAUAAUUACAAAAGCCUUGCCAAUAGUUCACUAUCUUGGCAUGACCUUUUUGUAAUGUUUGAUGAAGCAAGGACGGCAAACCAUAUAAUAGAUAAAAAGGAUCUUAUUGCUUUACGCACAUUGAUUCUUGUCAAUAAUAAACACAAGAACUUGGAUCCUCAACUUGACAGUGAAUACUGCAAGAUGGUUUGCGCAGGGAAAAAAAUGUCCCCACUCAUUGCCACGAGUAACUGUCUACCAGGAUUACUGCACACUAACAAUGUAUUGAAGCGAAUAAAUAUGUAUGCAGUUAUUGUAAGCAAUCUGACACGGCUCUCGAGCAAUCAACGGCAGGUGUUGGAAGCCGUGGUGGUGGAAGGUGGUGUAAAGAAACUCCUGGAGAUGGUAAGAAGAGACUUGCAGCUUGGUGAAGAAAUAAGAGUAGCAAGUGUGUGCGGGACUGAAGCAGAUAGUGUAGAAGUCUAUGAGGAUAUAGCAAGGAUGUUGGAGUCUUAUGAGCGAGAACUCAAGGAAGCUGCGAGGACUGGCACGAGGAAGAAGAGAGAGACUACAGUAACUACAGACUCCAGCUGA